AUGGAAGAGUUUUUCACAGAAUUGACACAAUUUGGUUUGCAACUCGAAGAAUCAUGUCGAGAGUUGAGGACUACAAUUGAAAGUCCUGCGUUGUCGGUAUCCUCGGGAUAUCAUGAAAACCUUCGUGAUAUGUCGAUAAAAAGUAAAUCAAUGUUGAAUGAAGUAAUUGCUUUAGAAAAAACUCAAAAUAUCAAUCAUCCUAUGUCGAAAUUAGUUUUGGCUACGAAAAAUGUUUAUGAUCAGAUGAAACAUGAAAUAAGUUUACUGGAGGAACAAUUACGUGAAUUUGGGUUGGAAGGUAGUCGUUUAAGAGUUACAC